AUGCGCUUUUCAAGAUCACUCGCUCUCUUCUCCUCACUGGUCCCCUCGACCCUCGGAACCCCAGUCCCCAACAUCAUUCAUGACCUGUCAACCCUUGAAACACGAGACUCUCCAGGAACAAUCGAGAUUCUCGAAAAUGCAUUUCUUGGCUUCUUCAACCUUGACAAAGAAACCAUCCAACAAAUCACACUCCUCGAAUCCGCCCUAAAAGACGUUCAAGCCGGAAAAAUAAACCCAGUCACAACCCUCGAAGAAGCCUUCGCAUCUCUCGCCGAAAUACCCCCCUCUUCCAAUGAGGAACAUAACAUCCUGACAAUCGCAACAAACCUCGUCCUGAACGGUCUAGCACCACAAAACACCCUUGACCUCAUCGCCGGUAUCAUAGAUCAGGAUAUCAACUCAAGCAACAAUAACAACACCGUGAAUCCGCCGAAUCCUAUCUACCCCAAGAAAGAGACCAAAGACGCACCAUACAGCCAAAGUGAACAGGAUCUCCGCUCAGUAAUCUUUAUUCCAGAAACAUUCGAAUACGGCGCCAACAAUAGAACCCCCGUCCUCCUGGUCCCUGGAACCGCCGAUCCAGCUGGCAGUACCUAUCACUUCAGUUACGCGAAACUCCUCGCCGAGUCCGACUUUGCAGAUCCAGUCUGGGUAAACAUACCAGGAAAUUCACUGGGUGAUAUUCAAGUCAACGCUGAAUAUGUCGCCUACGCAAUGAACUACAUCUCCGCCAUCUCCAACGCCAGCUACAACGGCCCCAACGGCCGUAAAAUCGGCGUGAUAUCCUGGUCGCAGGGGGGAAUCGACGUACAAUGGGCACUGAAAUACUGGCCCUCGACCCGGGACAUCGUGGAAGAUUUCAUGGCAUUGAGCGCAGAUUUCCACGGCACGCUUUUCGCCGCUGUCUGCCUGACAUCGUCGUCGCCGUUGUGCACGCCGAGUAUUAAACAGCAGUACUACAACUCGAAUCUCAUCCAUGCUCUUUGGGGUGGGCAUGAAAGAGGAGAUUUUGCAUUUGUCCCUACAACGAGUGUCUAUUCCGGUGUUGAUCAAGUCGUUCAACCUCAAAUUGGCACGAAUGCGUCGGCGUAUUUGCUUGAUGAACGGGGUGUGGGCGUGAGUAAUGUUCAGAUUCAGGUUGGGUGUCCUGGUUUGCCGGCUGGUGGGUUUUAUCUGCAUGAGACGAUGCUGGUUAAUCCGCUUGCGUUUGCGCUUUUUGCGGAUGCUAUUACGCAUGAUGGACCGGGGGAUUUGGCGCGUGUCGAUUUGGAUACUGUUUGUAAUCAGUUGGUUCCGCCGGGGCUGGGGCUUGAUGAUUUGCUGGGGACGGAGGUUAUGGCGCUUGUUUAUGGGAGUCUUGAUACUUUGACUUAUGGGUAUGUUGGGGAUAAUGAGCCGCCGAUCAAAGAGUAUGCUAAGCAAUAG